AUGAACUGGAACAACGACUUCAACAAUGGGAUACCCUUCUCGAACGGAGCACAGAAAAUGAUUGAAAUGAAGUAUAAUGCAUCAGAUGACUGUCAUCAGGAGAACGAGAUUGAGGAGUCUUCAGCCCCACCGUCGCCGAAACCAGAGGAGCAUAUCAAAAGACCAUUGAAUGUUUUCAUGGUUUGGUCGAAGAUAGAGAGAAAGAAGUACUGUGAGGCACAUCCAGAUGUUCAUAAUGCAACGAUCAGUCAGACUUUGGCUGCGAGAUGGAAGCUGAUGUCAGCCGAGGAGAAAGCACCGUUUGUCGCAGAGGCAGAGCGAUUGAGACUUCUUCACAUGGAGAAAUAUCCACAUUACAAGUAUCAACCACGUCGCAAGCAUAAGAAGAAGACGGUUAAAACGGAGAAUAUUGAUGAGUCGAAGAAUCGUAAAACUCAGAAAAAGAGACCUUACGAGCAGAUGGCAAUGACUGAAAACAAGAAUUUCCAGAACCAGCAAUGGAAUAAUCAGAACUGGAUGGGAAUGCAACAGACAAAUGCAGUUCAAAUGACUCCAUUCUCGUCUGGAUUCUUCAAUCAACAACAUCAACAACCGAAUGGAAUGAUGGGAAUGGGAGUGGGGAUAAUGGUUACAGCGAUGGCUCCAAUGCCAAUGCCACAAAAUCAAGGAUUCGAUAAUCAGUUCUUCGUUCAAAGCUUGCCACCAGCCGCCGACCAGGUGACUAACUCGAUGGUUCAUAAUCAGAAUUCAAUGAACUUCUAUAAUCCAUACACUCACAAUCACUUCCAUCAAAUUCCACACCAAUCUCACGGAAUGUGUGCACCAGGAAACUCACAAUUUCAGUCACAGAUGAACUCUCGUUCUGUUUCCAAUGGAUCCUCUUUCGGAAGUUUCAACUCAAUGGGAGCUUCUCCAGCGACGUCGUCUUCAAGAGAUACUCCAUCGACAAUCACCGAUGACUUUUCAGAUAUCACUCCAACUAUUUCAUUCCAAUCUGGAUCAGGAGAUUUCAUAAACGCUCUUCAAUUUAACCAGCUUUAA